CAAUAACUCCACUGUCAUGUCCGAAGCUCUCUUAUCUUGAUCCCUCUUUCCUCUUCUCUAUCAUCGUCAACGAUGCAUCAAAAUCAAAUCUUACCAUUUUUUCUCUUCCAUUAAGAAAACCAAACCCAAAUGGAGAAACACGUAGAAAACUUCUUAAACAAAGUCUCAUUGGUUUUUAUAACCAUAGCCACAAUCACCCUUCUUUACCUUUACCUUCAUACCCCAGAAACAUGUAUCCCACCAAACACACCCAUCACAAAACCCCACCUCAAAUUUCCUUCUUCUACAUGUGACCCUUCUUUAAACCACCCUUACAUUGAUCCUACCAAGAAAAGACUGAAACUUUGGUCCUCAAAAUCUUGGCUUUCACAAGUCUCUUCUUUCUCAAUUUUCUUUCAAAGUUUGAAUCUUUUGAACAAUAAAACCAAAACACUCUGUGUUUCAGCUGGUGCUGGACAUGAAGUGAUGGCAUUGAAUAACAUGGGUGUUAGUGAUGUUACUGGUGUUGAGAUAGUGGAUUCUUUGCCAUUAGUUAAAAGGGCUGACCCCAAUAACUUGCCCUUUUUUGAUGGGGUUUUUUAUUUGGCUUUUAGUGCUCAUUUAGAAGAGGCUUUGUUUCCAUUAAGGAUUGUUGGGGAGAUGGAGAGGACCGUGAGGAAUGGUGGGGUUUGUGUGGUUGUUGUAAAGGAGUGUGGUGGAGAGGAGGUGGAUGCAAUUGCUAGGUUGUUUAGGAAGUCUAUGUUUGUUGGGGCUGAGAAUGUUACAUUGAUUGGGAUGAGGAUGUCCAGGAUUAUUAUGAGAGUUGGCAUUUAUUCUUCUUCAUGAUUUUCUUUGUUUUCUGUGCCAAUCAAAGAAAGGCUGCAAGAGGCAUAAUUACUGUUUGCCCAUGAAAAGGAGCAAAUUGAGAGUUGGCAGGGACACAAUAUUUCCAUUGAUGAUCAGCAAUAUGUUUUGAAUGAAGCUCGGCUGUUUACCUGUUUUAGGAAAUGAGUUUGACAGUGGAGGAAGUCACAAUUAGCCAUUAAACAUCUAAUUUUUCAGAGGUAUGGAGGUAUGGGGCACUUAAGUGUCAGAUUUAUGACAUCGCACUCACUCGAAGUGUUCCUAAAAUGUGCAGUAAGAUUUUCGUACAGAGUUCUGAUAUUGUUUGUCGUUGAAUAUAUUCAUGUAGUACAUACAAGGCAGGCAUUUAGUUUUGCUUCCAUGUCCAAUUUUCUUCAAGAUUCAAUAUUAGGUUGCACAGAAAAAGCAAGUCUCCUGUAAUUCAUUGUAGAUUAACGUGUUUCUUUAUAGUUUCAUUAUUGAAAUGACGGUAUUUCGAAGACUAAGUUGCUGUGUU